GGCACAACACCUGUCCACAGUCCAGUUCUAGUAAGUAAAUGGUACUGCAUUACCUGAAAUUAUCUUAUGAACAUUUAGCAGUUAUUGAUGAAACAUUACAAGAUGUCACUUGAACUGGCAGCUUCCUGUUGGCGAACGGAGAAACCACACAAAAUCUGAUGAGAUUAAAAGAUAAGAGAGGAAACUGCACAUCUGAGGAGAGCUGAAAGACACAUAUAAGAUCAAGAGACAGUACGUGAAGACGACAGAGUGGCAGGCGAGACACCAACUGGACAUGGGUCGUGUACUGGUGCUGUUCAUGUUGCUCUGGAGCUCAGGAUUCCUCCCAGGUUUCCAGACAGAGGAACAAGAUAUUGAUGAUAUCCGGUUGUUGGGAGGAUCCAGCCACUGUUCUGGUGCGCUGCAGGUGAAGCGCCAGGGAGUGUGGAAAGAAGUGGAUGACGAUAAAUGGGACCUGAAGUUAGCAGACGUAGUUUGCAGACAUCUGGACUGUGGCUCUGUGGUUCGAGCUUCAUCAAAAAUUCGUUCAUACCCUUUUAGCAGAAUUAAACCUUCCUGUCUUGAGUCUGGAACUAGACUGAAGAAAUGUUUAACAAAAAGGUCUAUGAUUGAGGCUACCAGUCUGGAGAUCAUCUGCUCAGACUCUGUCAGGCUGGUGAAUGGGACUAGUCUGUGUUCAGGCAGACUGGAGGUGAAGUCUAACCAGCCUAACCAGUCGUGGUCCUCAGUGUGUGAAGAUCACUUUGACCUGCAGGAUGCAGAGGUGGUCUGCAGGGAGCUUGAUUGUGGGACUCCUUCACUCCUCCAGGGAGCGCUCUAUGGAGACACGGAGGCUCCAGUGUGGACCAAAGAGUUCCAGUGUAGAGGCCAUGAGUCUGCUCUGCUGGACUGUGACAGCUCAGAUAGAAACACCUGCUCUUCUGGCAAAGCUGUUGGACUCACCUGCUCAGAACCUGGUUUUGUCAGGCUGUUUGGAGGAGCCAGCCGGUGUGAUGGCACACUGGAGAUGAAACACCGGGACGAAUGGAAACCAGUGGAUGACAGGAGCCAGAACCUGAGAUUAGCAGGCAUGGUGUGUGGAGAGCUGGGCUGUGGCUUUGCUUUUUCAACCAGAAGGCAAACGCAGAUAAAAAGAGAAUCUUGGGGAAUCACAUCUGACUGUAAUACAUCUUCACUCUUGAAAUGUUUUACAGAAUUUACAUAUUCCACUACCACCAUAGAGAUAACCUGCUCAGACUCUCAGACUGUCAGGCUGGUGAACGGGACUAGUCUGUGUUCAGGCAGACUGGAAGUGAAGUCUACCCAGUCUACCCAGCCGUGGUCCUCAGUGUGUGAAGAUGACUUUGACCUGCAGGAUGCAGAAGUGGCCUGCAGGGAGUUUGGCUGUGGGGCUCCUUCAGUCCUCCAGGGGGUGCUCUAUGAAGACAGGGAGGCUCCAGUGUGGACCAAAGAGUUCCAGUGUGGAGGCCAAGAGUCUGCUCUGCUGGACUGUGACAGCUCAGCUAGAAACACCUGCUCUUCUGGCAAAGCUGUUGGACUCACCUGCUCAGGUCCAGAUUAUAUCAGGUUUGUGGGAGAGGCCAGCCGCUGCGCUGGUAAACUGGAGAUGAAAAACUACGGAGAGUGGAGACGAGUGGCUGCCUUGGAUAAAUGGGACCGGAUGUCUGCAGAUGCAGUGUGUCGAAAACUGGACUGUGGUUCUGCUGUUCCAAAAAGUAUUUAUUACGAUUUAGGAUUUUCUGGAUCUUCAGUCUAUCCUGUGUGGUUCAUCAACUCGUCCUGUGUUCGGUCUAUAUCUGCACUGAAGGAAUGUGUGACAACUGACAAUACGUACAGCUCUUUUAUCCUGGAAAUUACCUGCUCAGAUUUGCUGGCUCAGCCAAACAUCUACCCGUCUCCCUCCCCUGAUUCGGUCUACAAGGCCAAGCAGCAGAGGCUCCAGGUGCUGAUGGGCUCCAACUUCACCAUCAGGUGCUCCGUCAGACCACAGUACCCAGGAGGCUCCUUCAAGCUUAUCGUCCCCACCCCUGACCCAGCACAGAACUACACCCUGCCAGCUGUCAAUCACUCGGCCCACUUCCUGUUCUCUGCUGCAGACCCCACCCACCGAGGGGAGUACCGCUGUGUUUAUCACCUCUACGUUUUCUUCCAUAACUUCUCUUCUGAGAGCCAGCCGCUCCAUCUCACUCUCGCAGGUAACUUCACAGACAAUCUGAGUCAAACAGGGAAAUGUCACACUGACUUACAUCUGAUCAUCAGACUGGUUGUCCUGGUGCUGCUGGUGCUCAUGUCCGGUGCUGCCCUGUUUUGCUACUCCAAGGCCAGCAGAGGGCAGACACCAAGACGAGAGGACAACAUGGAGGUGCAUUACCUCUGUGGUGCUGACGACUUGCUGGGUGAAGAGGCAGGAGGAGCUCAGGGCACAGAGUAGGAUCUCACAGCCAGAUGGACGGCUCCGCUCUCAAACAGCCAAAUCAGAGCAGUUCAGGUGUGGGAUAAUAUCAGUCAUAGCUUUAAUAUCUUUCCAUAGCAUAGCUUUCCUAGAGAAGACCCAGACAGACAAACAACUACAUUGGCAAACUUUUAAAGCAACACCAAAAAUUCUUUUGUACCUUAAAAUAAUGUUUCCAAAAUCGUUUCACUGGUUCAUCAACUCGUAACAGGGUGAACGGCACUCCUGCAUUCGCUUUGCAGCCCUCUUUCGGCUAUAACCACACUAUGCAAGUUUGCUAGCCUGGUUGACACCAGAACCUU